AUGCCAUCCGCCAUGGAAGUGGAAGCCGAGGUCCAGAAACAGGGCUCCUUCGCCAUUGAACGCCUAGAGGGGACAUGGAGGAGAAGCAAAGGAGGACGCCUCGGGGUAGUGCCGGGAGGCGAGCGGAGGGAGCGGCGGAGGAAUCGGAGUGUUGGAGGGAGGAGAGGCAGGCGCGCGACUUUGGAGCAGAGCGGAGUAUGCAUGGCGUCGGCGAUGGAUGGGGAGGGAAAACUGGUGACUGGUGAGAGAGGUUGGUGGAGGGAGAAGGAGGAGGAAAGAGGUUGGUGGAGGUCGGCGAUGGUUUUUUGUUUUAUGAAUGGAAGAGGAGGAGGAAGAGGAGGCGUCGGAGCGGAAGAAGAAGAAGAAGAAGAAGAAGAAGAAGAAGAAGAAGAAGAAGGGUAG